AUGGCGGUGUCGCACGAAGCGCAGGCGCAGGCGCCGCCGCACGGGCACGAGCGCCCGCGCGGGUACGCGCCGGAGGUGGUGAUGAUUGAGGUGCCGCGCGAAGGUCCCGUGCUGCCGCCGGCGCUGCGGCGCGGCCCCGCGGGCGCGGUGACGCUCACGCGCGAGCCGGACGCGACUGCGACGUACGGGCACGGCGGAACGUGGGAGAUGCAGAAGAACCGCGCGGUCCUGCGCUUGCAAGAAGAGCGCGACGCCGCAGCGAAGGAGGCCGCGGAACUCCGCGUACAGGUCCGCUGCGCACGUGUAUCUCACGCGUGA